UGGGCCCCGCCCCCUGCCCGUAGCCUUCCCACAGGCUUGGCUCUAACCUCGACCUUGCCUUCUGGACCCAUUUCUGCCUGCAGCCCCCGCGCUGAGCCCACCCCAAGGUCCUCCGCAGCCAAGCAGAUGGAAACCAGAAUUUUUCUGCCUCAAGCAGGUCUUACAAGGCAGAAACCCUAGUCCAGAAACCCCGCCUGGCCCGAGGCGGAGAGCGUAAAUGACGUCAGCGGUGCGCCGUUCCUUUUGUGACGCUGGCUGUGAGCGCCUGAGAGUCUUUUUGCCUUUCAGAGUUAAGGCCUCACUGGCCUGGGUGAGUUCUGAGGAGAUGAACUGGUUUUGGGGUGAAGGACGGGUUUGGCCCGGACGUUAGAGAGGCCUGGCCCGCUCCGCUCGUGUCUGCUGGGCCCGCUAGCGUCCGCUCGGACCGUCGCUCCUCGGGAGGAGUCGGGUUUAUAGUUACGGUGUCCGCAGGGUGUUUUCAUCUGUGCGCCCCUCUCCAAAGGCCUCCAAAGCAGCGUUUGUGAAUUUUUUUCCAGCAGGAAAAUAAUUGCUGCCUUUUGCAUCCGCGUUGGCUCCGUCCCCAGGAUCUUCCCGGUUCAGGGACCUGGCGAUUUCUGAGUGUUCCGGAAUCCCAAUAACCCUGUUUAAAGAGGAAUGGAGAGUGCCACUGUCCAUUUAGAUUAAUGAGGUGUCCUGAAGUGAUGGUGACAUCAAUGAAAGGAGGGUUCUGACACGUUCUCACCUCGCAGGAUGGCAGCUGUUGAUUUGUCCCAUGGAUUCAGUGACCUUUGACGAUGUGGCUGUGGACUUCACCCAGGAGGAGUGGACUUUACUGGACUCAACUCAGAGAAGCCUCUACAGUGACGUGAUGCUGGAGAACUACAAGAACCUGGCCACAGUAGGAGGUCAGAUCAUCAAACCCAGUCUAAUCUCUUGGUUGGAACAAGAAGAGUCAAGGACAGUUCAGGGAGGAGUUCUCCGAGGAUGGGAAAUGCGACUUGAAACCCAGUGGUCUACACUUCAGCAGGACCUUUUGAGGGGUCAGACAUCCAUCGGGAUACAAUUGGAAGGAAAACACAAUGGAGAGGAACUCUGUGACUGUGAGCAAUGUGGAGAAGUCUUCAGUGAACACUCAUGCCUUAAGACGCACAUGAGAACUCAAAGUACAGGGAACACUCAUGACUGUAAUCAGUAUGGAAAAGAUUUCCUUACCCUGCGUGAGAAAACCUCUACUGGUGAGAAACUUUCUGAGUUUAAUCAGAGUGAAAAAAUCUUCAGCCUGACACCAAAUAUUGUAUACCAGAGAACUAGCACACAAGAAAAGUCAUUUGAAUGUAGUCACUGUGGAAAAUCCUUCAUUAAUGAGUCAUACCUUCAGGCACAUAUGAGAACUCACAAUGGAGAAAAACUCUACGAAUGGAGGAAUUAUGGGCCAGGUUUUAUUGACUCUACAAGCCUUUCUGUGCUUAUAGAAACCCUCAAUGCAAAAAAGCCCUACAAAUGUAAGGAAUGUGGAAAAGGCUAUAGAUACCCAGCCUACCUCAGUAUUCACAUGCGAACCCACACUGGGGAGAAACCAUAUGAAUGUAAGGAAUGUGGGAAAGCCUUCAAUUAUUCCAACUCAUUUCAGAUACAUGGAAGAACUCACACUGGAGAGAAACCCUAUGUAUGUAAGGAAUGUGGGAAAGCCUUCACUCAGUACUCAGGCCUUAGUAUGCAUGUGCGAUCUCACAGUGGAGACAAGCCCUAUGAAUGUAAGGAAUGUGGGAAAUCCUUCCUUACAUCCUCACGCCUUAUUCAACAUAUAAGAACUCACACUGGAGAGAAGCCUUUUGUAUGUGUUGAAUGUGGGAAAGCCUUUGCAGUUUCCUCAAAUCUUAGUGGACAUUUGAGAACUCACACUGAAGAGAAGGCCUGUGAGUGUAAGAUAUGUGGGAAAGUAUUUGGGUAUCCCUCAUGUCUUAAUAAUCACAUGCGAACGCACAGUGCCCAGAAACCAUACACCUGUAAGGAAUGUGGGAAGGCUUUUAACUAUUCCACCCACCUUAAAAUUCACAUGCGAAUCCACACUGGAGAAAAACCCUAUGAGUGUAAACAAUGUGGAAAGGCCUUCAGUCAUUCCAGUUCAUUUCAAAUACAUGAAAGGACUCACACUGGAGAGAAACCCUAUGAAUGUAAGGAGUGUGGGAAAGCCUUCACGUGUUCCAGUUCCUUUAGAAUUCAUGAAAAAACUCACACAGAAGAGAAACCCUAUAAAUGUCAGCAGUGCGGGAAAGCUUACAGUCAUCCUCGUUCACUUCGAAGACAUGAACAAAUUCACUAGUGAGAAACUGUCCAUGUAAUAAAUGUGGGAAAGCUCUCAUUUGUUCCAGUUCACUUCAAAGACAUGAAUGAACUCACUCUGGAGAGAAGAAGCUGCAUGAAAAUUACUUAAUUCCUGUAAUCCCAGCAUUUUGAGAGGCUGAGGUGGGUGGAUCACUUGAGGUCAGGAGUUUGAGACCACCCUGGCCAACAUGGUGAAACCUUGUCUCUACUAAAAAUACAAAAAAUUUAGCCAGGUGUGGUGGUGGGCACCUGUAAUCCCAGCUACUUGGGAGGCUGAGGCAAGUGAAUCACUUGAACCCAGGAAGCAGAGGUUGCAGUGAGCAGAGAUGAUGCCACUGCACUCCAGCCUGGGCGAUGGAGUGAGACUCCAUCCCAAAAAAAAAAAAAGAAAAUUAUUUGAUUAAAUUGAGUCUGUUAGAGUACAUCCCUAAUCCGAUAUGAUUGGUGUCCCUAUAAGAAGAGAAAGACACAACUGGAACAACAAAUAGAAGAUGAUGUGAAGUCAUCAGAUGAUGGCCAUCUGCAAGCCAAAGACAGAGCACUGGGACAGAUCCUUCUAUCGAAGCCACCAACCCUGCUGGCACCUUCAUCUUGGGCUUCCAGAACUUUGAACAAAUAAACUUCUCUUGUUUGAGCCAACCAGUCUGUGGUAUUUUGUUGUGGUGGCUCUAGCAAGUGAAUACAGUAAGCAAUAAGCAAAAACGUUUAUAGAUUGUCCAAAAGCCUUAAUAUUCACAUGCAAAGCCACACUGGAGAGAAACUAUAUGAAUGUAAGACGUGGGAAAGCCUUCAUUGAGUCUUCAGUCCUUUCUACAUACAGGAGAAAUUACGUAGGAGAGAAAUUGUAUGAAUGUAAGGAGCAUGAAAAAGUCUGUGAAUGUUCACUAUAUUUUAAUAUUCACAUGCAAGUUGUGUGGUCAUAGACCAUGUGAAAAUAGAGGAGAAAAAAGGAAAGAAAGUUUCUUUUACUGUGAAUGCAAGGAAUGUGACCCCAUACACCAUAUUGGAACUUGGAGUGGACUGAAAUCCCAUUAGGAUUGUGGAAAAGCUUACAUUAGUGUUUUCUACCUUCUAGAAGGUGUAAGAAGUCGAACUGGAGAGAAGCCUUCUACCUGUAAUGCAUGUAGGAAGCCUUACAUUAAUUCCACAGAAUUUUUUUUACACAUGUAAAAUUACCUCAGAACCCUGGGAAGGUAAGGAAUAUGGUAUAACCUUUACAUAUUUCACAUGCCAUAAUAAGUACAUGAAUUCUGAUAAUACUGUACUGUUUCUUGAGUAGUGUUAGUACCUUAUACUAUCAAAAUAAUCCUAAAUCCUCCCUCUCAGACCUUCCAUCAUUACUAUAUUUCACUUUUAUGCCUAUACACACACACAAAUUAGCAUAUGUAAUCUAAUACAUUGUAGCUAUUUUUCAGAAGUUAUCAGAUCAAAAGAAUUAGAAAAAUAAACAUUUUUAUUUUACCUUCACUUCUUCCUUCUAUGGUCAAAGUUGGAUGUAAUUCUUAUACUUGAUCCUCAAUACUUAAAGCAUUUCCCCUCCUCUGGCUUCUAUGAAAAUUUUUUGUUAUCUUUGAUAUUCUGUUAUUUUUGAGUGAUAUGCCUAGGUAUAGGUUUUUGGUGCUCGUCCUGCUUGGUGUUUGCUUAGCCUCCUGGAUUUGCGUUUUGGUGUCUGAGUUAAUUUUGAGAAAUUCUGUCAUUGUUUCAAAUAUUUCUUUCCCUUUUUUUUCUUUCCAUCUGGUAUUUCCUUUAUAUGUAGGAUACAUCUUUUGUAGUUAUCCCACAGUUCUUAUAUCUUGUUUUUUUAUUCUUCUCUUUGCUUUUCAGGUGUGGAUGUUUCUGCUGAUAUAUUCUCAAGCUCUUUAGUUGGCUGUUUCUUGGCCAAUAAUAAGCCUACCAAAGACAUUCUUCAUUUCUGUUACACUGUCUUCAAUCUCUAGCAUUUCUUUGUGGUUCUUAGAAUUUCCAUCUCUGUGUUUACACUGCCUGUCUGUUCUUGGAUGCUGUCUGCUUUAUCCAGUAGAACCCAUGGCAUAUCAAUCAUAAUUGUUUUAAAUUCCCAGUCUGAUAAUUUCAGCAAUCCUGCUAUAUCUGGUUCUGGUUCUUACUCUUUCUCUUUAAACUAACUUUUGACUUUUAGUAUGCUUGUAAUUUUUCCUUAGCUGGACAUGGCAUACUGGAUAAGAGGAAAUGCUGUAAGCAGGCCUCUAGUAAUGGUGGUAAGCUGUGGGGAGAGGGGCAGCAUUCUAUUGUCCAGGGAUUAGACGUCAGUCUUCCAGUGAGUCUGUGCUUCUGCACUGUGAACUUCAGUUUUUCCCACCCUUUAGUUGGGUCAGGAUGUAUAGAGUUGGCUGGAGUUGGAUAUUUCCCUUCCUCCAGGUCACUGAAGCUCUGACUAAAACUCCAGGUGUGGUGGCUUAUGCCUGUAAUCCCAGCACUUUGGGAGGCCAAGGCAGGGGGAUCACCUGAGGUUGGGAGUUCAUGACCAGCUUGAAUUGCUUGAAUCCAGGAGGUGGAGGUCACAGUGAGCCGAGAUUGUGAUACUGCACUCCAGCCUGGGAAACAGUAAGACACUGUCUCAAAAUAAAAUAAAAGGCUAGGCGCAGUGGCUCACCCCUGUAAUCCCAGCACUUUGGGAGGCAGAGGUGGGUGGAUCACGAGGUCAGGAGAUCGAGACCAUCCUGGCCAACAUGGUGAAACCCCAUCUCUACUAAAAAUACAAAAAAAUUAGCUGGGUGUGGUGGUGGGCACCUGUAGUCCCAGCUACUUGGGAAGCUGAGGCAGGAGAAUGGUGUGAACCCAGGAGGUGGAGCUUGCAGUGAGCCGAGAUCACGCCACUGCACUCCAGCCUGGGUGACAGAGUGAGACUCUGUCUCAAAACAACAACAACAACAACAAAAACCCAUCAUCAAUGCUCAGCCUUUCUUAAACAUGAACUCAUGGUGGACAGAGCCCUAUGAAUGUAAGGAAUAUAGAGAAGCCAUCACUAGUUACUCAAACCUUAUUGAAUGUGUGAAAAUUUACUCUGGAGAGAUGCCCUUUCAGCAUAAGAAAUGUUGAAAAGGAUUUAUAUAAUCCUUCCUUUUUAAUAUCCACAUGCAAACUCACUGAAGAAAAACCCUGAAAAUGUAAAGCAAUGUUGAAAAACCUAGUUAUUUAAAUUCAUUUCAAGUAUAUGAACUCACAUUGUAAAGAAACCCUGUGAAUAUAAGUAGUGUGAUAAAUUCUUGAAUUUUUUUUUUUUUUUUUUGAGGCAGAGUUUUGCUCUUGUUGCCCAGGCUGGAGUGCAAUGGCUCAAUCUUGGCUCACUACAACCUCUAUCACCCAGGUUCAAGUGAUUCUUCUGCCUCAGCCUCCCAAGUAGCUGGGAUUACAGGCAUGUACCACCAUACCCAGCUAAUUUUGUAUUUUUAGUGAAGGCAGGGAUUCUCCAUGUUGGUCAGGCUGGUCUCGAACUCCUGACCUCCAGUGAUCUGCCUUGUUUGACCUCCCAAAGUGCUGAGAUUACAGGCAUGAGCCAUCACGCCCAGCCAGUUCUUCAAUUCUUACAGUCCCUUUCCAUGUCAUUAAAGAACUCACACUGGAGAGAAACCUUAUCAAUGUUAGAAUUGUGGUAAAGCUCCCUGUUGUUCCCAUUUACAUGAAAGAUGUGAACAAAGUCACAUUGUAGAAAAAUGCUGUGAAAGUUGGGAAUCUGGAACCACUUCUUUAUUAUCUCAGGUCAUAAUGAACUUGUAAGAAUUCACAGUGGCAGGAAACCCUAUGUAAAUGGAAAAUAUGGGAAAGGCUUCAUUUAAUCCAUAGGACUGAUACCACAAAACUACCACUAGGAGAAAACCUAUGUUUAUACGGAAUGUGGGAAAAUCUUCACUUAUUCCUCAAGCCUUAAGGUAUAUGUCAGGAUUCCCAGUGGAGAGAAGCGAUAUUGAUGUAAGGAAUGUGGGAAAGCCCUUGCCUGCCACUUAGUCCUUGAUAAACAUUUUAGAACACAAACUGGAGAGAAACUAUGAAUUCAAGGAUUGUGGGAAAACCCUUUUAUGUUCCACAAGCUUUAAUAUUCAUAUACAAUGUAUGCUGGAGAAUAACUUGAUGACUAUAAUAAGUGGAAUGGCCUAGAUCAGGGAUCCCCAAACCCCUGGGCCAUGGACUGGUACUGGUCUGUGGCCUGUUAGGAUCCAGGGUGCACAGCAGGAGGUGAAUGUAGGAUGAGCAGACAUUACUGCCUGAGCUCAACUUUCUGUCAGAUCAGCAGUGGCAUUAGAUUCUCAUAGGAGCAUGAACUUUAUUGUGAACUGCACAUGCAAGGGAUCUAGGUUGCACACUCCUUAUGAGAAUCUAAUGCCUGAUGACCUGAACUAGAACAGUUUAAUCCCCAACUCCAGUCCGUGGGGAAAAUGUCUUCCACGAAACUGGUCCCUGGUGCCAAAAAGUUAGGGGACCACUGAUCUAGAUUAUGUCACAUGUCCCAUCCACCCAUUAACAUUAAGGCUUUCAUCCCUGGGACCUCAAGAUAAUGGUGGUAUUUGGAGAUGUGGUUUUUUAAAGAGGUGAUUUUAAAAUGAGGCAGUUAGAAUGGGGCCCUCAUUCAAUAUGACUGGUUUCCUUAUAAGAAGUGAAAGAGAUACCAGGGUAGCAGGAACAGAAUUUUAUGUGAAGUGACCGGAAAUGGUUACCUUCAAGGCAAAGAGAGAUUCCUGGAGGAGAUCCUUCUUUUAAGGCUCAUUAUAGAGGAAAUCAUCCUUAUCUACAUUUUGAUCCUGGACUUCCAGCCUCAAAAAUUAUGAGCAAAUAAAUUUCUGUUGUUUAAGCCA